AUGACCAAGAAUCACAAUUCCGGUAAAGAUACGGUCCUCGGGCGCAAGGAUUCUCCCAACUCGGCCACGGAGAUACUAGACUAUGCUCCCGAGCCAAAGGUGCAUCCGGACUUCAUGGCCACGAUAACCCAUCUCUCCGCGCGACUAUACAAGUUGAUAUCUUUAACCAGUGCACUGGCGCACCCCGGUUUCCCGGACUCGCUGUUCCAAUACCAUCUUCUCACAAACAAUCAACUCGACGACCUUGCUCGCUACUAUGAUCAGGUAUGGCCACCAACACCGGAGUCUGCUCGAUACCCAAAACCGAUCCAAGCGUGGAUCGGAACGCCGGAUGAGCAUACAAUCGAUAUCGAGACGAAGCGUAGACGGAUAGAUACGUCUAGAUACCCAUCGACGGCUGAGAAAAUGGACCUAGUCACUUGCCAUGGAAACUGGAUGCACAGGAAGUACAGGAAAAGGCCGUGCUCUGGCAUAGUGUUAUUACGGGACAAAACCAACCACAGUCGCGUGGUCACUGAAGUCAAGACCACAUUUGCGUUCAAUGCCGCCAACAAUGCUGAUCUGCCGGUUGAACGGAUCUUCCAAAGAUCCGAAGAGUAUCAAUCUACUGGGAGCUCGACGAGUACGAAGGCAAUGUUCAGUUCCAUGAGAACCUUUCCGAAAUGA